AAAUGGUUCCAGAAACGUUACAAGACAGAUUGCGAGGAACUUUAUGGAAGGAUACUUGAUCACUCAAAUGUUGAGUCAACCACCCAAAGGACUAGCCUUAACCAAAUGAAUGAAGUUUGGACAAGGAUGUUCCUUGAUGAACCAUUUGAGGUUGAAAUAAGCAAUCCCAUGACAGAAAGAGAUGCUGUUAGCAAACCCGACUCUCUAAAGAGCACGGAUUAUGAUCUUGUAUCUGCCAUAAAAAGGCAGAGCACCUUCUUUUACCAGGUAUCUAGGCCUCAUAUGAGCAAUAACAUAUUUCUCAAGGAAGCAAUAGCCAGAUACAAGGGGUUUCUUCAUCUAAUUAAGAGAAAUAAGGAGAUGUCUAUAAAGCGCUUUUGCGUUCCAACAUAUGACAUUGACCUCAUUUGGCAUGCUCACCAAUUGCACUCAGCCUUUUACUGUAAGGACACGACUGCUAUAUGUGGCGAGGUACUUGAUCAUGAUGAUACUGAUUCUGAUAGAUCAGAAGGUAUGAAACUAAGAGUCGGGUUUAUGGAGACUUCCAAGAGGUGGGAAGAGUUAUAUGGUCUUAGGUAUUGGAAAGCAGGAGCAAUGUACAGAGGAAGUGCACCUUCACCUCUUACAGUUGAUGCUCAUCCAUUCGAGAAAACUCAGAAGAGUGAAAUCCUUGCAAAUAAAAGUCACAAUAUCAUUCAACUUCCAAAGCAAAUGCUAAUAGAGGCAAGUUCUAAGUUCCUUGGCCUGUAAUAAGACAGUUUUUUCAGCAAUAUGCAAAAACUGAUAUACAUACUCUGCCUGUAAAUAGUCGUCACAUUAUCCUAAGCUUUCAUCAUCAAGUUUCAUCACGAUCUUUUAUAAAGAUUAUUACUGAUUUUUAAAAAUUGUGGGUGUGUUUGGAAA